AUGGCGUCCACCAGCGCUCCAGGUUGGCCAUCGAUAGAGGCUCAAGAGUAUGCUGCUGCAGAGAGCAUGUUGCAACACUCCCGUUCCGCCCGAAGCAACUCCCAGACGCUCAGUGGAUUCGCCAUGCCCGAGGUUCAAAACUACGCCCUCGACGCUACACAUGCACAGGCACAAAUGAUGGGUCCAGGAUCCGGUCAAUCGUAUCCACCUCCUUUCGUGCCUCCUUUUCACUCUGCCAGUGCGCAAGAGCAGAACCAUAGUUUCAAUGGAUCUUUUGAGGGAAAGAUACCCUCCUCACACGAACUUCAGGCCCAAUUCGAUCAACAACGAACGGACUCAUUUUCAGAAUUGUCUCAAGGGCGAGAUUCGAACACGUCUGAAAAAGGUCACCGAGCAAAUUCCCACGCUGCAGGAAGAAAUGGGCACAGUCACAGAAACAGUAGCCUAGACGGAUCCGAGCCCACAAGCCCUGUCAGCACACGAGAGUACACAAAACGUCAGUCGGAUGGGCGUGCAUCCUGGACACACCGCUCGAGCAACGAGAAUGUGGGGCAGCGCGAAGCCAAAGAAGAGACGGACAAGAAACCUCCCUGGAGCGAACUCAAAACCAAAGCGGGCAAAGAGCGCAAAAGACUGCCAUUGGCCUGCAUUGCCUGUCGGCGGAAGAAGAUACGAUGUUCUGGUGAAAAGCCAGCUUGCAAGCACUGUCUGCGGUCACGGAUACCGUGUGUCUACAAAGUUACUACAAGGAAAGCGGCACCGAGAACCGACUACAUGGCAAUGUUGGACAAGCGCCUCAAGAGAAUGGAGGAAAGGGUCAUUAAGAUAAUUCCAAAGGAAGAAUCUGAGGCAGUACCAAGGGCAAUAAUCAAACCUUCUGCUGCUGCUCAAGCAAACAGUGGAAAGAAGAGGAGUGUCGAAGAGGCUUUUGGACCACAGCUGGACGAGUGGACAGAUUCAAAGCCGACUGCACAGCCACCUAAGGGCCAAGGUAAUCAUGAAAGCAAAGUCAACACGGAAGGUGCAGAGCACUUGCCUACACCAGAACUCCAGGACCAUCUAUCACAAGUUUUCUUUGACAAUCUGUACGGGCAAUCAUAUCAUCUUUUACACAAGCCAAGUUAUAUGCGCAGGUUACGUGCUGGCACGUUGCCUCCUGUCCUCAUCCUUGCUGUGUGCGCGGUAUCUGCCCGCUUUUCUUCGCAUCCUCAAUUGAACACCGAACCUGCCUUCUUGCGAGGCGAGAGUUGGGCUGGUCCAGCACGCGACAUCGCCUUGCGUCGUUACGAUGAGCCGAAUAUUACCACUCUUACUGUACUGCUGCUACUUGGUCUUCACGAAUUUGGAACAUGCCAAGGUGGAAGAAGCUGGAUGCUUGGCGGCAUGGCCACAAGAAUGGCUUAUGCUCUUCAGCUUCACCGAGAACUGGAUCACGAUCCGCUGGGACGGAAGACUGAGAACAAGUCGGAGCUUAGUUUCACUGAUAGGGAAAUAAGGAGGAGGACUAUGUGGGCCUGCUUUCUCAUGGAUCGGUUCACAUCCUCAGGGACUGAGCGACCCAUGUUUGCCGAUGAAGAUAUCAUAAAGGUGCAGCUGCCUGUCAAAGAAUCCAACUUUCAAAUGGAGAUUCCCGGUCCCACCCAAAGUCUGGACGGUCGAGUGCCAAAUCCUGUGAAGAGUGACACUGGUCAACUGUCUGACCCUCAAGGCAACAUGGGAGUAGCCGCGUAUAUGAUCCGCGUAAUAGUCCUAUGGGGUCGCAUCAUCAAAUACUUGAACAUGGGAGGGAAAGAGAGGGAUGAAUACCCUAUCUGGGACACCAAAUCCCAAUAUGCUGAGCUCAGAAGACAAGCCAGCGACUUCAAGACAUCAUUGCCUGCGGAACUUCAAAAUACUCGUGAAAACCUGAAGAACCACGCCGCUGAGAAACUAGGGAAUCAGUUCCUCUUUAUGCAUAUAGCUUCACAUCAGGUGGUAUUGUUUCUACACCGCUUUGCCAUACCCACUGCCCCGGGAGGAAGAAAUCCAAAGGAGAUGCCAAUAUCCUUUCUUGCCGAAGCAGCGCCGGCAGCUCUUGACGCGGCUAGCCAGAUAUCGGUUUUGAUCAACGACGCUACAGAACAUCAUGCGGUUGCGCCGUUCCUUGGUUAUUGUGCUUUCAUGUCGAGCACCAUACAUGUAUGGGGUAUCUUCUCCAAAAAACAAUCCAUCGAGGCGUCGUGCAAGCAACAUCUUGCCAGCAACUUCAAAUAUUUGGGCAAGAUGAAGAAGCAUUGGGGAAUGUUCCACUUUAUGACCGAAAAUCUUAUGGACAUAUACCGUCAGCAUGCGGAUGCGUCCCAGAAAGGAUCGAGUGAGAUGGCAAGUCAAGAUGAUACUAUCUUUCAGUAUGGAGACUGGUUUCAGAAGUAUCCUCACGGCGUCUCAGAGACAGAUUACCAGGAUCCCGCGGUCCAGAUCAAGAAGGAACCCAACAGCGAUGUCACGUUAAGUCACGGAAAAGACCUCCAAAGCGUGGAAGACUUCUUCCACACCCAGUCGCCACCCUCUCGCUCAACCCAGCCUCGAAAGUCCGGCAAGAAAAGCGCCAAGAUCGCUUCGCAACCAGAGGAUCGUCUACCCCAGCAGCGGCUCCAACAACCAGAUUUCCAUACCAAUGCUACCCAACAAGGCAUGCUUCCCCUCCCCAUGUCGCAGCCACAUAUGGAUCCCUCCGCUUUUGUCGGCCACCCACCUCAGCUCUACCCCCAACCCUGCUCCAACUCCUUCCCUCAAGCCUACGACAUGCUCCCUCUCUCCACUCCCGCCAACACGGCCCUCCUUCCCCAGCUCGACCGCCACCUCGUCUACGGCGCUUAUGCAGGCAACGAUCCCACUGGCUCUUCUUCUGCCUCUGCCCUCAGCGCAAUGACCAGUGGCCUUCAAGAUCCCCAAAGCAACCAGCAAGGCUUGAACGAUCCGGCCACUUCGAUGUGGGAUAAUCCACUGGAUCUGUCACCGCAGACGCAACAGCAGAUGCUGGGUUCGGGUGGGUACAUGGGUGAUUUGCAGACGAGUGCGUGGUUUAUGCCGUUCAAUCUGAACCCUCCGGAGAUUGGGGGGGAGGGUAAUGAGUUUGGAAGGCGCCUCGAAGGGUUCGGAGGAGGCGGUAUCUAG